CAAAAGUUGAAACAUUUUCCAGCAUAAAACACAGAGGAUAGAAUACAAUAUAAAGAGAUAUACGAGGGAGACACCGACACCUAGCACACCACCACCGCCCCGUCAGCAGCUGCCAGAAAAGAUGCAACGCGAGAAUGGCUUCACGAAGGAGGCCAACCUGCAGAACCUGGCUAAACGCGAGCUGGCCAACGGUCUCGACAAGGAUCCAAUUUACAAAUUGCGCCUGCAGUGCUUCAGUCGUGGUGCCACUGGCAUCUUGGGCCUGUCCAGAACCUUUAGGGUAAUGGACGAUGACGGCAGCAAGACACUCAGCGCCGAGGAGUUUAAGAAGGGAAUUUCUGAUGUUGGUCUCGACGUUAGCGAGUCGGAAAUCUCCGAUAUGUUCUCGCGUUUCGAUGCAGAUGGAAGUGGCACCAUCAACAUGACCGAAUUUCUGGACAAGCUCCGUCCACCCAUGAACGAGGGCCGCUUGAGCAUCAUCGAAAAGGCCUUUGACAAGAUGGACGCCAACGACGACGGGCAGAUAACCGAGACCGAUCUGAUGAAUCUGUACUCGGUGAAGGAUCAUCCCAAGUACUUGAGCGGCGAGAUGACCAAGUCAGAGAUUCUUCGGGAAUUCCUGAAGAACUUUGAGGCCGGAGCCCCGAACCCCGAUGGCAUUGUUACCAAGGAGGAGUUCAUCAACUACUACUCCACCAUUAGCGCCUCGAUCGACAACGACGCCUACUUCGAUCUGGUGAUGCGCCGCGCCUACAAUCUAUAAAUUUCCUAUAAAGUUUCCUAUGCCGUCACUCUCCACUUUCGUCCAUAUCCCGUCUUGGAUGCUUCAGGAGCUUAGACUGAGCUCUGCGCACAAAUUUCCACUAAAUCCAGUUAAAAUACAAUGUUGAAAUUUAAUGUACUCUUAAAGCUACCAGCUACUGCACACGAUUGAUCAGUCAGCAACAAA